UUCUGUCUACAAACUGAAAACGAUUUUAUCUGUCUCUUAUUCACAAUAGCCACAUUUUAACUCGGAAGGAAUAGAAAACUCGAACGAAACAAGAAAUUAAAAAAGUGUGUUUUUUUUUUGUUGGGAUUCUGCAAUUAUUUUUAAUUCUUUUUAUUAUGUAAAAUAAUUUAAAUUUUAUAUAUUUAUUUUAACAUUCCAAAAUGUCCCUUAUUGAACAAUAUGAGCAACAAUAUUCUGCUUUAAUUGGUGAAAUAACUGCAAAUAUUGGAAGAAUAAAUAUCUAUAAUACAAGUGGUGCAAGAAAAGAAUUAGGAACAAAAAUUGAUGCAAGUCUAGCUGAAGCAGAAGAAUUGUUAGAGCAAAUCGGAUUAGAAAUACGUGAUCAAGAUCCAGCAGCUAGAAAUAUUCUUAAUAAUAAAUAUAAAUGUUAUCAAGCUGAAUUAAAACGUCUUGCAGAUGAUUUCAAAAAAACUAAAGAUAUUGCAAGACAAGGCACAGCAUUCGAUUUAAUUGAUGAUAAUGAUGAUGUUGUUAUAUCCGAUGAUCAAAAACAACGUUUAUUAGAUAAUUCGGAAAGGAUAGAACGUACUGGUAAUAGAUUAACUGAAGGUUAUCGUAUUGUUUUAGAAACUGAGCAGAUUGGUAAUCAAGUAUUACAAGAUUUACAUCAUCAAAGGGAAACUAUAGAAAAUACUAGAUCAAAAAUACGUGAAACAAAUGCUGAUUUAGGACGAUCAUCUAGAACUCUUAAUUCAAUUAUGAUGAGAGCAUUAAGAGAAAAAUGUAUAUUAUAUGGUGUUGGAGUUAUUUUUUUAAUUAUUGUUACAAUAAGCAUUUAUUUUUCUAUUUCAAGCUCAAAGAACUGAUUUUUAUCUAUAAUGGUUUGUGAAAUAAAAAAAAAAAAAAUAAUAAUAAUCAAACAGUUAAAAUAAUGAUUUUAAAAAGCCUUUUAAAAUAUAAUGUUAAAAAUUGUUUAUUUUAAAAAAUCACAAAUUUGAAAAUGUUAUAACAAUU